CUCUUUUAGAAAAUCAUUUUCCUGAAAGAAUUCGAAGCUUGUUCCAAACCACUAUGGCUUCAGUAAGAAUAGUUGCACUUUUCAUUGCGAUUGCAUUGGCAGUUGUGUUGGUUUCUGAAGCAAGCGCAAAUCCUCAAAUUGAUAUCCUAGGCGGAUACGAUAUGAUCGGAGUCUGCAUCAACAACUGCGCCCAGUGCAAGAAAAUGUUCGGCGAGUUCUUCGAAGGCCAUCUGUGUGCUGAAGCCUGCAUCCAGUUCAAGGGCAAAAUGGUACCAGACUGUGAAGAUAUCAAUUCGAUCGCUCCGUUCUUGAACAAACUGAACUAGCCGAUGACCUCAACUCCUUACUACGGACCUCAUCUACCAAAACUCAAGUGAUCUCUCACUGCUCCGGGGCAUUUCCUGCCCUUAUGGCUUUGUAUAUUUUGAUUUCAUCCAAACUAAAAACCAGGAGUAGAAUGCUCUCUUUUAAAAGUUCACAAAUAAAGCUUUA